UAAACGGGAAACACGAAGAACGUUUGGCCACGAUUCGUUUCGGAGCUAAUUCCUGCUCAGCGCCCUCGAGGUGGCGCUAAAGGCUUGCCUUUUUUCACCUGCCGUUUUUUCUGCCCACGAAGAAGAAGAUUCAGUUGCCGGAAGCGGUAUUUCUGCCGUGCUGCCUGAUUACUAAUGACCUCCCAUUCCACUCAACCUGGCACAAUGCCCACUGCUCCAGACUCUCCAUCUCUCGGUGUGACGGUCAGUGGCAAUGUGCAAAAAUACAGUGUGAAAAAGAAGAAGGUCCUCAACGCUGAAGAAACUGAGCUGUUUGAGCUCACUCAAGCUGCUGGUAUAGUCAUGGACCAAGAGGUCUUCAAGAUCAUCGUGGACCUCCUGAAGAUGAAUGUGGCACCUCUGGCUGUUUUCCAGACUCUAAAGGCAAUGUGUGCAGGUCAAAAGAUUUCAGACACGAUUGCCCCCGACCCAUCAACUGUCACUGAGGUCAGAGAAGAGGACUCUAAGGUCCCAGACAAGAGUGCUAAAAAAACAACCCCUCAGGCCCCGUCCACUGCCCCUGCGGCCCACCCUCAAAGGGCCGGGGCUAAGAUAGUGGUCUACAGCCCUGGGGAACAGAGCGCUCCUCUCUCUCAAGUACGCAGUAAAUCGGGUACGGGUCAUGCAGAGAAGCGAGAGCAGCGAGUGCCAAGGCAGGCAAGUGCCACCAGGGGGCAGAAGAGUGCCAAGAGCUCAGGCAGCAGCAGCUCUUCAUCUCAGCUCACCUCCAACUAAAGCAUUAACUACACCCAUUAAAAACUGAUUUCAGGUCAGUCUGGACUUCCAUGCCUGCGAUGUGGAGAGUGAAACUGAUCCAGAUUCAGUCUUACCAUUCUGGUUUGAUAAACCACAUGCUCCGGAUGGUCUCUCUCUCUCUCUCUCUCUCUCUCUCGCUCUCUCUCUCUCGCUCUGGAUCAGUGGGCCUGUUUUUAAUCCUAAAGUGUUCUCCAUGAUUUUUAUGUUAAUUUAUUUGUUUGUUUUAUGUUGAUGUCAGAUCAAUGAUGAUGACGCAUAUUAAGAUACUUGACAUUCAGUUUGAAUUUGGUGAAUGGAUCUGAUCUUUUAUUUAAAGUGUAAUUAAGAUUGUUUAAAUUCAAAUGUAUUAUCAGCUUCCACUUCAAGCCAUUUUAUCUGCAAGACAUGGGUGACUCCUGGACAGACAAGUGGCAUGAAAACUUUUUUAAGAAAAAAUGAACAUCUAGUAAAGAAUCAUAAGAGACCUAUUGAAUCAGUAGAGGACCUGCUGUACAUCCUAUUAGUGGGUUAUAUAAAUAAGAACCAAAAUGCUUUAAUGCAGUACUUGAUCUCUUCAUGGUUUAACUAUAAACGGUGGGUAAUUGUAUAUAGUUUUUUGCAUCUUGAAAGAAAUCAUCCAUCUUAAUGAAAGUAUUUCUACAGUGUAAACUCAUGAUGACGCUCAUUGGUUUGUGUACUAACUUCUAAUAAAAGCAAAUAAUCUACAAAU